GGGUUACGGGGUAAACGGUUUCAGUUGUACGCGUGUGUAGUUGGUUGGUAGAAAGAAAGACUAGAGAUAUGUCGGAGGACGACAAUGGCCGUCACCAUCGCUUCUGCCAUCAUUUUUAUUGGUAGUAAUUGAGCCUUCCAGCGAUGGCCGCAGCAGAUUCGAAAAGCUCAACGCCGCCGCCCCCGCUGUCGAUAGUCGACGAGGACAUGAAAGGAUGGCUGUUCAAGUGGACAAACUACAUCAAAGGUUACCAGAAACGAUGGUUCGUUUUGUCAAACGGUGUACUAUCCUACUACAGAACUCAAGAUGAAAUAUCACAAUUAUGUCGGGGUACGAUUAGUUUGAAUGGGGCUACAAUACACACUGAAGAUUCAUGCACAAUUGUUAUAUCUAAUGGUGGCACUCAAACAUUUCACCUUCGUGCCACUAGUGAAGUUGAACGUCAAAGAUGGGUUACUGAAUUAGAGUUGGCAAAGGCUCGUGAAAUUGGACAUACAAAUACUGAUAGAAGCAAGGAAAAAGAAUUGAGUGCAAAUUUAGAAGUUUCAUCAGUAGUAUCAUCGUUAAACACCAAAUUAUCUGAAUUGCGAUCACAAAGUGAAAUUAUAUCUAAACAUAGCAAAGCUCUUCAACGUUGUUUAACUGAACUAGAAACCAUUGAUAUACCUCCUGAUAUCUCUACAAAAAUAAAAGCAUGGAUGGAACGUGCAAAUUUGAUACGUAUUGCAUCAGUUGGUAUGGUAACUAAUUGUUCGGAGUAUUUAGAUUUGGCUCAAAGUCAGGGUAAUAAAUGGCAAAAGAUGUUAUAUAAUGAACGGCGACAGCGUAUACAGUUGGUAGAAAUGGUGGAUCAAAUUGCUAGAGAACAGAGUGUUUUGGAGCAUGUUGCUAAUAAUGACAAACAAGAUGAUUCUACCGAUGAAGAUGAUGCUUCAGACAAUUGUGAAUUUUUUGAUGCUCAAGGUGGUGAUUCCUUUGAUGUAACCACAAAUAAUUACCUAGUUAACUGUCAGUCUCAAAAUAUUAUCCAACAUAAAACUCUUUCAAGCUCACAGGUUCUUGAAAAAUUAGUCAAUGAAGAAUUAGAUUGUAGUGGUGGAUCUAGUAGUGAUAUUGAUGAUCCUGUUGAGUCAUCAGCUAUAUUAACAGCUGCAAUUCGUUCAUCAACUGGUUUAAAUACUGAUCGUGAUGAAAAUAAUAAAUCUUCUAGGAUGUUUCCUCAACUCUCUGAGCAUGCAAAAAAAAUACUAGAGGACGCGAUUAAACAUCCUUUAAAACAAAAAGAUAAACGUAGAUGUAGAGUGACUGACAAGCCAAAUCACCCAUUACAUAUUUGGAGUAUUUUGAAAAAUUGCAUUGGAAAAGAUUUGUCUAAAAUACCAAUGCCGGUAAAUUUUUCUGAACCGCUUUCAAUGUUACAAAGAAUUACUGAGGAUUUUGAAUAUUCAAAUAUUCUAGAUACAGCAGCUCAAUGUAAGGAUUCAUUUGAGCAGAUGGCAUAUAUUGCUGCGUUCACGAUUUCAUCUUAUUCAACAACUGUCAAUCGAACAAGUAAACCUUUUAAUCCAUUGCUGGGUGAAACAUAUGAAUGUGAUCGAAUGUCAGACCUUGGUUGGAAAGCAUUUAACGAACAAGUUUCACAUCAUCCUCCAAUUUCUGCUCAGUAUUGUUCGGGUAAGGAAUGGUCUUGUUGGCAAGAAUUUUCAAUGUCUUCGAAAUUCCGCGGUAAAUACUUACAAGCAAUUCCUAAUGGCAUUGCUCAUCUUGACUUCCCGGCAUCUGGGAAUCAUUAUACUUGGACUAAAGUCACAACUACUGUUCAUAAUAUAAUUGUUGGAAAACUGUGGGUUGAUCAAACAGGUGAUAUGACAAUAACUAAUCAUAAAGAUGGUUCUAAAUGCCGUUUGAGUUAUAUACCCUAUAGUUAUUUCACUAGGGAUCAACAAAGAAAGGUAAAAGGAUAUGUUAUGGAUAAAGAUAAUGAAAUUAAAUGGGUUAUAAAUGGUACRUGGGACAAUAAAGUUGAAAUAGCUCCUGUUACCAAAUUUGAAGGUCCUAUUGAAAGUCCUACGUGUCAAACUGGAAGUUAUAUUCUGGCCUGGCAAAGACAAGCACCUCCACCUGACAAUGAAAAAUACUAUUAUUUCACUGUGCUGGCAAGUCAAUUGAAUGAAAUGGAAGAAGGUGUAGCACCAACAGAUUCAAGGUUACGUCCAGAUCAACGUUUAAUGGAGUUUGGUCUUUGGGAUGAAGCUAAUAUUGAGAAAUUGAGGUUAGAGGAAAUUCAGAGAGUCAGAAACCGCAAAGCAAAUACCGAAGUAGCAGAUUCUAAUCAAGUCAAUGAAAAUGAAGAUGAAGAUGAUGAUACAGUUCAAGAAAAUGAUAACAGUGCUAUCAAACCAUUAUGGUUUAAACGAGAUGUGUGUAAAUGGACAAAAAAGCCAUGUUUUACUUUUACCCAUGAAUAUUGGGAGUGCAAACAGAAAGGAGACUGGAGCAGAUGUCCAUCUUUAUUUUAAAUACAUGUGAUAAUUUGUUUAUUUUAUUAAGCUUAAGCAACAUUAUAUGUGGCCAUAUGAUGUUGUAAACUUAGAUUUAUUGUGAACAGAAGUAUCUUAGAAUUUAAGUAUACCACCAAAAAUUCCAAAAUGCUCGGCAAAUCUUUUCAAGUUCAUAUUAUCUCCUUAACUAUUUUAUGACUUAUAGCUUUAAGUAUUUUUUCCACAAUUUGAACUCUGAAUCUAUCGCACCGCAUACAUUUUGUAGACGAAAUUAGCCUAGGGACAAGAUUUCAGUUUAUACAUUUUCAAAUCAUUGUUUUAACCUCUUUUUUUUUCUUUUAUAUGUUUUGUUUGUUACCUAAGUUAUUUACAACUUAGUUCUUGUAUUAUUUUUAAUUUAUUUUUGUCAAUUUACUUCCAAUUAUUUCUGUUUCUUUUAUUCAAUCAUGGUACAAUUAAAAGGUUAUAUUAAAAUUUUUCCUCUUAAAGAUAUAGUAAUAUUUUAAUUAUUUAAAUGAUAAAAACU